AUGGCAGCUACAAAGAUCAAGACUUCUGUGAUUAAACUCGUCUCGACGGCGGCGACAGGGUUUUCCCGGCACGUGCGGAUCAAGAAGGGUGCCCCCCUCGUGACGCAGGUGCGGUACGACCCGAAGGUCAAACAGCACGUCUUGUUCAAGGAGGCCAAGUCCAGAAAAGUCGCUGAGCGGAAGCCCGUCAACUUCUCGAGGGCCCCCAAGUCCGCGGGGAUAUAA